AUGGACGGUAUCUUCUCUCUGCCGGUACAACAGUGGCGAUUGCACCGGAAACUAAUUCAGCCCAGCUUCAAUCUGUCCAUUUUGCAAAGCUUCGUGCCAUUGUUCGAACAGAAGGUGAACAUAAUGAUCCGAAAUCUGGAUGCAAAAGUGGACAAACGUGAAGCAUUCGAUAUCUACCGUUUCACGGCACGUUGCACUCUGGAUAUGGUUUGCGUUCGCACGGUUAACUUCUUCCUUCAUGCUGAUUGGCUCUAUCGUUGGACGUCCGUGUAUCGGACAGAAAAGAAAGCAUUGAAAGAAUUCCGUCGUCCAGCAAAGGAAAUCUUACUACGAAAAUCAUCAUCCGAAGGCCACGAUGGUAUCAAGUCCACGCAGCAACUAUCCUUCAACAGUCUGGUGGAGCAGCUAUACAGUACGAUCCGAAAGAAUGGGCGUGCGAAUUUGGAAGUGAUCGAAACCGAAAUCGUCGGCAUCAUCUUUGCGGGCACUGAAACAAGUGCUUCGACCGUGGCUAACGCGUUGCUUCUACUCGCCAUGCAUCAGGACGUACAAGAAAAAGUUGUAGCCGAGAUUCGACAACAUUUUGGAGAUGACUUGAAGGACAUUCGUUAUGAGAAUCUUCAAGAGCUCGUUUACCUUGAAAUGGUAGUAAAGGAGUCCCUACGACUACUUCCAAUAGCACCUGUCUUUGGCCGCAAGACUACUCAAGAAAUCGCUUUGGGCAAAUAUAUACUGCCAGCGGGUAUUGAUGUUGGUAUCGACGUUUACAAUAUUCACCGCAAUCCCACCUAUUGGGGAGCCGAUGCCGACCAAUUCCGCCCAGAACGGUUUAGCACGAAUGAUUACAAUCGCUUUGCGUUUUUACCAUUCAGUGCUGGGUCGAGAAACUGCAUCGGUUUACGAUACGCGUCGAUUUCGAUGAAAAUAAUGCUUAUCAAAAUGUUGGCAGCCUACCGCGUAGAGACUGACCUGCAGAUGAAGGAUUUAAACAUGAAAAUUGCGCUCACGAUGAAAAUCACCAAUGGACAUAUGGUCCGAUUGACGCGCAGAUAA